GGGUGGAGACAGACCGCGAAGAGAGGCGCCAGUGCGCAUGCGCUGCGGAACUCUGUGAAGCGGUUGGGCGGGUUCGAAGAUUGCGGCGGUUUAGUCAGGAGUUUGGGGCGGCUACCAGAUUGAACCUCCAUAAAGAUGUCCAAGCAACAGCCUGCUGAAAAGUUUACAAAUCCAGAGACUCCUGGUUAUGUUGGAUUUGCAAACCUUCCAAACCAGGUUCAUCGGAAAUCUGUGAAAAAAGGCUUUGAAUUCACUCUUAUGGUGGUUGGUGAAUCUGGAUUGGGCAAAUCUACUCUAAUAAACAGCCUGUUCUUAACGGAUCUCUAUCCAGAACGGAUAAUCCCAGGAGCAGCUGAGAAAAUUGAAAGAACUGUGCAGAUUGAAGCUUCAACAGUUGAAAUUGAGGAAAGGGGUGUAAAGCUCCGUCUAACUGUAGUAGAUACACCAGGAUAUGGUGAUGCCAUCAAUUCUCGAGAUUGUUUCAGGACUAUUAUUUCCUAUAUCGAUGAGCAAUUUGAGCGCUACCUUCAUGAUGAAAGUGGCUUGAACAGACGGCAUAUUGUAGAUAAUCGAGUUCACUGCUGCUUCUAUUUUAUUUCCCCAUUUGGUCAUGGUCUUAAACCCUUGGAUGUUGAGUUCAUGAAAGCCAUACACAACAAAGUGAAUAUUGUGCCUGUAAUUGCAAAAGCUGAUACUCUUACUCUGAAGGAGCGGGAAAGGCUGAAGAAAAGGAUUCUGGAUGAAAUUGAAGAGCAUAGCAUCAAGAUUUAUCACUUGCCUGAUGCUGAAUCAGAUGAGGAUGAGGACUUUAAAGAACAGACCAGACUUCUGAAGACCAGUAUUCCAUUUUGUGUUGUGGGAUCCAAUCAGCUAAUUGAAGCUAAAGGUAAAAAGGUUAGAGGUCGCCUCUAUCCUUGGGGAGUUGUUGAAGUGGAGAACCCGGAGCAUAAUGACUUCUUGAAACUAAGAACAAUGUUAAUUACCCACAUGCAGGAUCUCCAGGAAGUGACUCAAGACCUUCAUUAUGAGAACUUCCGUUCUGAAAGACUUAAGAAAGGUGGCAGCUGUAUGGAGGGAGUCCUACAGACAAAGAACUUCUCUCCUGGCAGUGUGAAAAGCAGGAAGGUAGAAGAUGAGGAAGUUAAUAAAGACCAAAUCUUGCUGGAAAAGGAAGCUGAACUCCGUCGCAUGCAAGAGAUGAUUGCGAGGAUGCAGGCACAGAUGCAGAUGCAGAGAGGUGAAGGAGACAGCAGUAUGACCCAUGGGCACAAAGUUUAAAUUAUUUGGUACUUCCGUUAAUUGGAGCCAUUUGAGACCUUUGAUGCAGUGGCGCAUUUUAUCCUGCUGUGACUUGGAAGGUCCAUUUGCAUUCAGCAUGCAAAUACAUUGUGGUCAUUUAUGUAAUGCCUACUUUGUAUAUAACUUAAACUUGGUCAAUAUUUCAAUUUUAUGAUGUAAUGUGAUGAUUUAUUAACUUUGACAGUUAUUACUCUUUUACUGAGCUGAUUUUAUUACACUGGCUACACAAAUACUAAGAUUUUUCCUAACCUAAUAGUCAUUGAAUAGUAUGGAUUACUACCACUAUUUUGAGUUUCUUAUUUGCACUGAAGAGUUCAUCUUUUU